CCGCCGCCCGGUUGGGUUUUCUGUUUGCUUUUUCUUUCAUGAAACAGGGUCAGCAUGAUUCCUGCUCGCCUCUGUGAAGAGGGAAACUUGUGAAACGGCGUGUCCCCUUCGCUCAUGUCACACCCAGCAGCCUCUUGCUUUCAGUGAGGGCAGCAGCGGGCAGCUGGCUGUGGGUGGUUGGGCUGCGGGUUUCUGCUCUGUCACUGCCAGUGCGGUGUGAGAUUCCAGGCAGCCCGGCGAGCGCGGUUUCGCUCUCUGCCACCGCUCAGGGCUGCCAUCAGAAGGGGAGCGCUGGCAGUGCUCGCACCGCUUUCCAUAGCACAAACUGGGAGCGCUCGUCUGGCUGCGGGACUCCAGGAAUGAGCGCGCACAGAGGCUCCGUGUAGCUGCUCCUGCCCAUGCACAGGGUGCCGGCCGCUGGGCGCCUCGCUCUGCCUCCUGCCCUCAGGUCUGGAGCUGCCAACUCCUCUCCAGCCCUGCAGGUAGAGGAGAAUCUGUAACAAGACUGGGAAGGAAAGAGGAGACAAGUUCUCUUUACCAUUCCAUGGGAAAAUAAGCUGGUGGAUUAUCAUCUGGAAACUGUGUGAAGUGCCAAGAUGAACGAUGAGAGGCUGGAGAACCCUGGUCCCUCCCCACUGACUGAAGGUCUGAAGAGAAAGAGAGGAAGACCAAAGAAGCAGCUGCAGGAGGAAGCUGUGGGACCACUGCCAGAGAAAAAGCCACGAGGAAGGCCAAAAGGAAGCAAGAAAGUGAGCAGUGUAACUGGACAAAUGGUAGAACCUCCUGCUGGGAAGAGGCCCCGAGGAAGGCCCCGCAAGUGGGUGAGUGCCGUGCUCGGUCCUUCUCCUCUCGUCCAGCCUCAGCUGGUGAUGCAAGAAAGAGCAUCUCGGGAAGGCAGUCCUCGGGGAAGUGGUGACUUGGAUGCGAACUCGGCGCCUGCCGCACAAGGCAUCGCUGGAAAAGACGGAUUCAAGCCCAGCAAAGCUACGGCUGUUCAGAGGGCUCUGAGCAGCAUCGCCGCCGCAGCUCAGUAGUGUGCCGCCUGCUCACGCCUUGCUGAAGCCAGAGGACAGGAAAGCAAGCAGCAUUCUUACUGCCGUAUUUCAGAUUGCUCUUUGUGAUGAGUUUGGCCAGGCUUUCUCUCCUGUUGUCUGCUGGCUUACCCCGAUUAGUCCCAGCAGGGACGUAAGGGACAAAACAGCAAAUGCCUUCUCAGGGAGAUGCCUUUCUCAGUCUGUAGUAGAUUUUUUGAGGAUAUUAAUCUUUUUUAACAGUACUUCAGUAACAUAGUGCCUUGUGCUGCCACAGGUAGUGAUAGUUCAAUAGGGAGAUAUAUAGUGUUGACUCAGUUAUACAGAUUCAGGAGAGGAAACCUACCUGCAUAGCUCACCAUUGGACUUGCAUCCUACCACCUCUGGUACAUGAUGGAGUGGUCCCAGGAAUUAAAUUUUGUUCAUUUGCUCAUAGGGACUGCAUGUGAAAGACAGAGUCCUUCCCUCACUAUGCCGCAAAGGAGAAAAAAAAAACACCCAAAAACCAACGUGAUGGCGUUUCCAGCUACCUACGGUUGUUGCUCCAGCGGUGACUUGGAUGCUCAGAGGAAAGCUCACACCCCAGCACCUCGGGGAUUGACUCUGAAAUGUUUCUCCUGGUGUUCAUCAGCUCAGGGCCGCCUCCCAUACCUCACUGUUGCCUCGUGGCACAACACCUGAAUUUAACAGCAAUUUUCAGUGAACGGUGUUUACAAAGCUUAGUCACAGCCACUGGAUCUCACCCCUUCCAAGGAGUGCCUGUAAAGAACCAAAGCGACUCAAAGGCUGCUGCUUCGCAGAGCUUCAGGAUGCAACUUCAAUUCCUGUUGCACCUGCACGCAGAAUGUGCUCUGUGGGGUCCUCUAGUGUUGCCGAUGUGCAAAUAAAGGCUGGCUGAUACCGGGCAGACAGCAGCAGCUAGCUGCUCCCACAUCGGGAGAGCCAGCAGCACACGUGUGUCCGCUCGUGCUUCCAGUGUCAGAGUGGAUCUUGCUACGUUUUGAGGAAUGAGGAUAUUUCCGUUAUCCCCUUGCAAACAGUGAAAUCCCGACGGUAUUUUCCAUCUGGUGGAUGCUCUGCCUGCCCAUUAAAGGGAUAAAUUGGGUGCUUCAAUUAUCUUUGACAGGAUGUAAAAUUGGCUAGCUUUACAGUGUUAAAUAUUUAAACAGAACAUAAUUGGCUUUAAAUUUAUGGCAGCUCACAGCAGAAACCCAUGAAAUGGCAGUAUGUAUUGAGCUCAUUUAUUAUCCUUUCAUCAGGUCUGUUUCCUUAGCAGGUAUGUAUUUAACACAGGAAAAUGUCUGCAGGCUUAAGAGUUAAGACGAAGGGCUGACUGGGGAAAGAGAAUAGAAAAAAAACACAUUUUUUCCCCUCCUGGUCACUUUGCCCAGUCUGCCCCGCUCAGCAGUGAUGGGGGCCUGGCCCAGGUGACUCCGUGUUCUCAGGUUUGCCCUUACAGUAGUUUCUUGUGUAUGGAGUUCGGUGGUCUGAGCAGAAAACCACAUCAUGUAAAUCUUUGUGCCUCCUCUGCCCCAUGCCAGGGAAAUCAAGGAUCAAAUGGAUCCCAUGCAGUGACCUAAACCCGCAGCAUGAGGCAUGCUGCUGGGUGUGGAAGCCUGACCACCUCCUGCUGCCUGCUCAAAUCCAGCUGGGACACCACGUGUGCAAGUCUGUCCCUGCAGACUGCUCCUCUGAGUUCAGGUUAGGGAGCUGCUCUUCCUCAGCAGACACAAGUUCAUCUGCAGUUCACAUCAGCAUUCAAAGGGCACUCCAGUCAUCAAGAUACUUUACCAGUUUCUUUGCCUGACUGGUAAUUAAAUUGGCAGAUAUAGUAUUUUUCUUUCAAGACUGUACUGUACUGUGUACUACCCGAGAGCAAUAGCUGCUACCACGUGGGACUGGAAUCUCAGCUUCUCCUGAAUGGAUUUGGGAUGGCAUCUGGACGACUCGAGCUUCUCCUAUGACACCAGUCAAACCUUUCUUAGCUGGUGACGUGGUGCAGGAUGGAAACUGCCUCAGCCUGGUAGUAAAUGCACUCGGUUUGGGUCAGUAGCAUUCCUUUGGGAAUUUAAGUACUCCUCUUGGAAAAAAAAAAUUAGCAUUUGCUACCUCUCAAUUGGGAAACCACAGGAGAAAACAGGUGUCUCUGAAAAUGUAGCUGCUUUAGAGCAAGCAGAAUUCCGUGCUGUUUUGGGCUACUCUGCGUGUAGUUGAAAUCCCAAUCUGUAACUUCAGCUUCCACUUUGAUGCAGAGACUGGCAAUGAAAGUCAACACCUAUUAAGGCAGGCAGAAUUCCAGCCAUCUUCAGAGAGAUAGGGUCUCACCCUGGAUUUUCUUAUUUGAAAUGACAAACACUUUCUUUCUGCCAUAGCUAGUUACAUUUUCAGUGUAGCCAAAUCCUACCUCUAAGCAAACGCCUUUCCAGUGUUUCUAAGCUUGGACAGUUUGGGUCUGAAUCAUAAACAGGUCACUGCAGUUGGAUUAAAACAGUGCAGGUGACAGAGGUUUGUUAUCUAGGAAAGUUUUAAGAUUCUCAUAAAUUGGAUGUAGGCAUAAAAAGAGUUGGCAAUUUGCAAAUGAACCUCAGAGUUUAUUUUUAAUAAAGGUAUAAAACUUUUAGCACCUCA